AUGGCAGCUGCAGCCACCACAACUACUAGUACCACUACUCAUCUCAAGUCUCAAACAAACCCAACUAAACCCAAACGCCGCAGGUGCCGCCAGACCCAUCUAUCUUCCUCACCAGCACCUGCUCCCAACCCGACCCGCAAACUCGACCCGCCCACCAUUGUCUCCCCAGAGAGCUCCUGGUGCUGUUUUGCCUUAAAAGACUCGAAACCCGUCUCUGUCCAGCCACGCCCGCAACAACCCAUUAACCCGAAUCACAAAUCCGACCCGGUUCAGGCUUGCCCAUCUCCUUCUUCUUCGCCAUCAUCGUUCCGGAUCCGAUUCGCGCCGGGCAGUCGCUCUCCAGUCAUGGACUUCAGCCCCGCGUUGACUAAUGGGCACUCGGGUCAAAACGACUCGUUUAAUUCCAGCUUCACCAGAUUUAAUAGCAUGCUCACGGCCGGGUUGUUGAACCCGAUGUCGCCGCCGCCGCAGCCCGAUAAGACGACCCGGUCCAGUCCGACCCUUUUCGAAAUGAUGGCCAACGAGCCCGAAAUGGCCCAAGCCAAGCCCCAGAUCCACCAGAAUGGCGUCGGUUCCGGAAGCGGGCGCAAAACCCAUGUGGGUUUGGUCCAGGAUAAGCAGGCGUUGAUGAUGCAGAGGGUUUCCGAUCUCUUGCUGGGGUCUCGGAGCCCCGGGAACCAGUUCAACGACCCGUCGAGCAGUGACAUUAAACUCACGUUGAGCGCCAAAGACGGGUUCAGCGUGUCGAUGAAUGUGCACCGUCAGAUUCUCGUUGCGCACAGUCGGUUCUUUGCGGUGAAGCUAUCGGAUAGGUGGGUCAAGCAGCAGAGAACGACGUCGUCUUCGUCGCCGUACAAUGUGGAGAUUGCGGAUUGUGAUGACGUGGAGGUUUAUAUCGAGGCCUUGAGGUUGAUGUAUUGUAAGGAUCUGAGGAAGAGGUUGAUGAAGGAGGAUGUUCCAAAAGUGCUUGGCAUUUUGAAGGUUUCGGCUGCAAUUGGGUUCGAUGCGGGUGUUUUGUCUUGUUUGGAGUACUUAGAAGCUGCCCCAUGGGCUGAGGAUGAAGAGGAGAAGGUGGCAUCACUGAUGUUUGAGCUCCGCCUUGAAGGCGUUGGAGCUGGGGAAGUACUGAAGAGGGUCUCUGUCGAAGUUGCUAAUGGAACUGAAGAGGGUAAUGACAAUGAAGAAGUUCUUUUAAAGCUUCUGCAUGUGGUUCUUGAAGGAAAAGAUGAGAAGGCAAGGCGUGAGAUGAAAGGAUUGGUGUCAAAGAUGCUUCGUGAGAAUUCAUCUCAUAAUGAUCUCCGAAAAGAGUCCUUGUACUCAGCUUGUGAUGGGUGUUUGGAAUUGCUUUGCCACCAUUUUUCUCGGGCAGCAGAGUCAGACUUGCAAGAUGUGGGGCAGAUUGCAAGGCAAGCCGAUAAUUUGCAUUGGAUUUUGGAUAUUUUGAUUGACAGACAGAUUGCUGAGGAUUUCUUAAAAACAUGGGCAUCUCAAAUUGAAUUAUCUGAGGCACAUUCCAAAGUGGCUGCAGUUUAUAGGUACGAAGUUAGCAGAGUUACUGCUCGUCUCUUUGUUGGGCUUGGGAAGGGGCAGCUAUUGGUUUCCAAGGAUGUGAGGUUCUUGCUUUUACGAACUUGGUUGGUGCCAUUUUAUGAUGAUUUUGCAUGGAUGAGGAGGGCGUCAAAAGGCCUGGAUAGGCACUCAAUUGAGGAUGGUCUAAGCAACACAAUUCUUACCCUGCCUUUAGCAUGGCAACAGGAAAUUUUACUGGCUUGGUUUAAUAGGUUCUUGAACUCUGGUGAAGAUUGCCCAAAUAUACAAAGAGGAUUCGAAGUUUGGUGGAGGCGAGCCUUUUGGAGGCGGAAUGGUGAGCAGGAAAGGUCACGGUCAUUACGAAUUACGACUGCAACCAUUGAGAACUCAUAG